AGUAUCCGCGAACGCGCCGGGAAUUUACCAUCCGCCCUCGCUAUUUUCACCAAUACCUUCCAACGUAAACGCGAUUACAUCGCCACUGCAGUGUAUGCUGCAUUAAUUUUACGGAAAUUCGGAAAAGUCAGUUCAAAAAAAAAAAUUUUAAUAAAAAAAGUUGGAUAACUAGAAUAAUUAGAAUAAUUAGAAUAAAACGGAUAAUUAGAUUAAAAGGAAAGUUUGUGAAUUAAAAAGUUUUUUGUUCGUUUCUCUUUAUUUGGAUUUUCUGUAAGUGUGUAGUGUUGGAUUAAAAGCUGUUUAAUUCAGUGUUGGAUUAAGGAAGAUUAACGUUGAAUAUUAAUUUAGGAGGAAUUAUGAAGGUAUUUGGAUUUCAUGAGCGAGUCCAAGUGAAUAAACUGAGAUGUCCCGUUAACGGGUUCGGCAUGUAAUUAUCGAAAGGUGGUUUUCCCUCAAUACUAGAGCCGUUGUGACAGCCACCGGUGGAACAAUGAGGCUUGAUUGCCAUAGCCAUUGUCCUUCUGCGUUGCUGAUGCUCAUGGUGGUGACCGUAACUGCGCAAAUUAGGGCAGCGCCAUCGCAGCACAACCAACAGCAGCAACAGAACCAUCAAGAGAAGCUGCAAGACCACGAGUACUGGUACGAACAAGCCAGAAUUGCAAUGAGAAAACGACUGCAAUAUGCGUCGGACACAAGACCACAUGCGAAGAAUGUCAUUCUAUUUGUCGGUGAUGGCAUGGGAGUGUCCACCGUGACGGCGGCUAGAAUCCUGCGGGGACAACGUUUAGGGAAACGGGGUGAAGAGCACGAACUUGCUUGGGAUUCGUUUCCGGCUGUAGCUUUAGCUAAGACUUACAACAUGGAUGCUCAAAUUGGCGAAUCAUCAGCUUGCGCAACAGCCCUUCUUUGCGGUGUUAAAGCAAAUUUUGAAACGGUCGGAUUGGAUACUAGAGGUCGAUUUGAGAAUUGCUUCUCGAGUUUUUCCUCACGAGUGUCUUCUUUGAUCGAUUGGGCCCAAGAAUCAGGGAAGUCCACAGGAAUUGUGACCAAUACAAGGAUAACCCACGCCACUCCAGCUGCAUUGUAUGGCCAUUCCCCGUCGAGAUAUUGGGAGGACGACUCCAAAGUACCCCCCGCGGCCAGGAAAUCCUGCAAGGACCUAGCUCGACAACUCAUUGAAAACGACCCUGGAAGAAAUAUUAACGUUCUUAUGGGUGGUGGUAGAAGACAUUGGUUACCAAAAGUAGCAAACGAUCCGGAAUUAACGAAAGAAGAAGGAAGAAGAUUGGACGGAAGGAACUUGAUAGACGACUGGUUAAGGGACAAACGUAGAAGACAGCUAAAAGCGGAGUACGUUUGGAACAAGGGCCAAUUAGACAAAAUUAACCCGAACGAAGUCGACUAUUUACUCGGGUUAUUUGCGUAUUCUCACAUGGAUUUUGAGGCCGAUCGGGAUCCUGGUGCUCAAGGAGAUCCUUCGUUAGCGGAUAUGACCAGAUCUGCUUUAUCAAUACUUCAAAAGAACAACAAAGGGUUUUUUUUGUUUGUUGAAGGUGGCCGAAUAGAUCACGCCCACCACUACAACAACGCUUAUAGAGCUCUGGAUGAAACUCUAGCGAUGGAAACGGCUCUGUUGGCAGCUAUGGCCCUUGUAAAUCCCACGGAGACACUUUUGGUACUCACUGCGGACCAUUCCCACGUUCUAACGAUGGGCGGACAAGCCACCCCACGUGGACAACCAAUUUUAGGGAUGGAUAGUAAAGUAUCCGACAUUGAUGGUCAACCCUAUUCAACAAUCCUUUAUGGAAACGGUCCAGGUUUUAGCAACCCAAGGAUAAUCCCAUUAAACACGACAGGAUUCGUCGACGAUAAGAACCAAGUCCACACUUCAGCCGUACCAAGACAAUGGGCUACCCACGGAGGUGAAGACGUCCCCGUUUAUGCUUUAGGUCCAUUAGCAACAACCCUUUUCACGGGAGUUUUCGACCAAAGUUACAUCCCGCACGCGAUCGCUUACAGUGCAUGUCUCGGAGAGCACCGCUUACGAUGUCAGGGUUUAGACAAUUUCAGUUCACCGAUGACCAAUUGCGUCGUACCGGAAGUGUCGAGUGUGUCCGGAGCUAACGGACCAGUUGUAAUAGCUAGCAGUGUUAUGGCCGAUGAUGGCGUAAGACAAAAAACUACGUCCAACGAAAGCGAUAAGAAAAAAGUCGAUUUAAAAAUCGAAUUGGUUUUAAUCGGCCUCUUUAAAUUAAUUUUAACGUAAUGAGGGGCGGGCUUUGAUAAUAUCAGGGUAUAUAAAAAAAUUCUUUUUAAUUAAGAUUUAAAAAAAAAUGACUCUGAAGAGAUUAAGACUACGUGAUUAUUAUCGAGACUUGUUAUUGAAGUGUUAGUGAUUUAAAAUGGAACUAAUAUCUCGAAAUAAGAAAUUGGAAUGGAAUUAAAAGCAGUUAAUCAAAUUUAAGGAAAAAUAAACUUAAAUUACCACCGACCACCGUCGCAAAAUUAAGUCGUUAGUGUUGUAUGUUCUAAAAAUACGAAAAUAAAAAAGUUGUAUAAAAAGAA